AUGAGUGGGCAGGCUAACACCGGAGGGUACUUUUGGAAGUUUAAGAUAUGGGAGACCUACACUGUCUCACAAACCUCUCUCAACAGUCUGGUGGGCACCGGAGACUGCUCUCCUAAGGGGAGCCAGACCCCUCUCUCAGUCCCCUUCAAACCCAGGAGUGAUAGUGACUUUGAAUGCCAUUGCCCUUUCUUCUCCCAGACUAAGGACUACUGCAAGAAGGGGGCACCAUAUACCCAGGAAUAUGGGGGAUGUCCCUCUUGGUCCUGCAAUAUCUACCAGGUACUGAAUUUAAGGGGCCCAGACAAUGAAUUCUCCCUUUAUAGGGGACAAAAUGGGACCAUUGUGGCCCACAUCCCCAACCCAUGGGACAACAGAUGGGUUCAGGAUGAAAUGAUAGCCCUCUAUGCUGGGUGCACAGCCUCAAAACCCUCAGCUCACAUUAUGAUUUCCAGGGAGCUCACCCUUCCAAUCCCUACUCAAAAGGAGGUGACUUUGGAGGUCCUCCAGUCGGAACAAAGCCUACAACAGGCCCUUCAAAAAUCCUCCACUCCUACCUGGCUCCAACUGUUCCAGGCUUCACUCCAACUCAUGAACCUCACCACAUCCAUUAGUGUCAUUGACUGCUUUCUUUGUGCCUCCCUCCAGCAUCCUCUGCUGGCUGCAGUUCCCAUUAACACUUCGUCUUCUAUCAAGGCUUCCCCUGCCUUAUGGAACUCCUCAUGCACUCCUCCCUUGUCAUUGGUACCUCUAUGGGCACCUGACUCUACACAAGUUCCCCUUCCUACACACACCUGCUAUACCUCACUCUCGACAUCUCGGUCCAACUUUUCUCUCUCCUGUCAUAUCAACGUCACAGUUACAGCACAACUGGCAUCCCCCUCAGGGCUAUAUUUCUGGUGCCACAACACCCUACACUCCUGCAUAACUCAAACUACUCCUGGGCCCUGCAUACUGGUAAUCAUAGUUCCCCAACUUACUCUUUAUGGGGAAGCUGAAUUCUCCCUCCUAUUCGGUGCUCAACCAAAGCGCGCUGCCUUCUUGCCCAUUAUGGUGGAUAAAAGUUUGGCAACCUCCUUUGCUGCUGCAGGCUUUGUGGGGGGAGCUCUUGGCCAUAGUGUUAUUUCAGCAAGAGACUUUGAGGAGCUCUUACAGAUCACUCUUGAGUCCACCUCGGCCUCACUGGCCUCCCUUCAGUGUCAGCUCACCUCUCUAGCUCAGGUGGCCCUCCAAAAUCGUAGGGCCCUGGACCUCUUAACAGCCGAAAAAGGGGGUACCUGUUUCUUCCUCCAGGAGGAAUGUUGCUAUUAUGUCAAUGAGUCCAGAAUUGUGGAACAAAAUGUCAACAGGUUAACAGACCUGGCCGAGGACCUCCUAAGGAAACCCAGUAAAAACACCUUAACCAACCUGCUGAGCUCUCCUCUCGUCACCUGGCUCCCGUCUUUCUUGGGUCCUUUGCUUAUGCUCAUUACUCUCUGCACCCUCCUACCCUGUUUACUCCAGUUUCUCAGAUCUCAGGUGAGCAGAAUCUCUAACCAAACUUUCAACCAGCUUCUCCUUCAGGGAUAUCACCCCCUCAUAGCUCAGCCAGAGGACACCCAUGAUGAACCCUACCGGAACACCGGACUAUAA